AUGUUCGUAACUACAAAUAAAUUCAAACUCUCCUCCUCCCGGGAGAGAGCAGUAAAGAGAUUCCAGAGUGUAACUCACUCCAACGAAAAGACAGCAAUUCACUGUCUUCAACUAAAUAAUUGGAAACUUGAUGCAUCCAUCGAGUACUACUAUCGUGAUGGGGCCAAUGCGGCUGCUAUGAGCUCCGUUAAUGAAUCGAAAAUUGAGCAGCUCUAUCAACGAUACUGUGAUCCCCAAUAUCCAGAUCGUAUCUUAGCCACUGGCAUGGAACGUUUUCUGGUGACGGAUCUUCACCUCGAUCCAGCCAGUCGCGUUGUUCUCAUUUUGGCCUGGAAGUUUUGUGCCCGCACUCAGGGCGAAUUCACAAAACAGGAGUUUUUUAACGGACUGCGCGAGCUUGGAUGUGACUCGCUUGAAUCCCUCCGCACUCGUGUGGCCACGUUAGAAUCUGAAAUUGAGAAUCCGACUGCAUUUCGGAGUUUAUACAAUUUUACUUUCGGUUUUGCCAACGUGGAUAGGCACGAGAGCAAAACCCUCGACUAUGCUAUCCCCUAUUUCGACCUACUGCUUCGUGGGAAGUACCCAUAUCUUGAUCUUUGGUUCGAAUUUCUGCGAGAAAAACACAAAGCUUCAAUCUCCAAGGAUACAUGGGAUUUGAUGCUAGAUUUUGUGGAGACAAUAGCUUUAGAUUUUUCAAAUUAUGACCUCGAAGGCAAGUGCCUGGCCCGUUCUUAUUGA